AUGUAUGAAUCUAUAACUAUUGAUAAAUUAGCCCAGCACAAGCAGAACGAUUCUAUUUCCGAUAAUGAUCUUGAGUCAGUCACUGAUCCAAUUGAAGGCCAAAAAUUAUCUCUUUGUCAAAUAAAAUCUAUACACUUGAUCUUGCCGCAAAAUUUGAUGAAACAGCGUAGAAGACCAGGAAUCGAGAGCCGACAGAUUUUUCUGCUCUUUUAG